AAAAUAGUGAAAAUUACCUUAAUCAAUCGAGCCUUCUUCUGAUGCAUUUGAAUCUCUUUCUCCCUCUUCCUUGCGGCUCGGCUCGGCGAUUCGAUCGGGAGGCAUUUGGGGCAUCUGAGCGCUGGCAGACAGCGCCGGUUGGUGGGGUUGGAUUGAGGAAGUGCCCGAGGUUCCCAAUUGGAGAAUCUUGCAAAUUACGGCAAAUUGAGAAUUAGAAAUGCAAUUUUGGUCGGAAUAGAAGCAGACCUGAUACCGGUCUCAAAUUUGGACCAGAAUUGGCAAGUGAACAGAUGGCAGAAGAGUUUCUAAUCAAUUGCUUUUAAACUUCUGUGAGAAGAAAUCCCCCUUUCUGCUGGUUGAUUAAUCAGCAAUGCCUAAGAAGAGAAAGCAGUCGGCGUCAAAAACAAUGGAACCCACCAAGAAGCAACAGAUACAGGAAGAAGUGGUGAACCAAAACCCCAAGCAAGAGGAAUAUGAAUACGAACAAGUAGAGGAGGACGAGGUGGAAGAAGAGGAGGUGGAGGAGGAGGAGGAGGAGGAGGAGGAGGAGGAGGAAGAGGAAAAAGAAGGCGAUGAAGAUGAAGAACCUAUUCAGAAGCUUCUCGAACCUUUCAGCAAGGACCAGCUGGUUGCGCUCCUCCUUGAAGCUGCUAGCAGACACCGAGAUGUUGCCAAACGCAUACGGAAGAUGGCCGAUGAGGAUCCCGUGCACCGCAAGAUCUUCGUGCAUGGACUGGGCUGGGAUACCAACACUGAAACCCUAAUCAGUGCCUUUAAACAAUAUGGCGAGAUUGAAGAUUGCAAGGCCGUCUGCGACAAGAUUUCAGGGAAAUCGAAAGGUUACGGCUUUAUCCUUUUCAGGUCUCGCCGUGGUGCCCGAAAUGCGCUUAAGGAGCCGCAGAAGAAGAUUGGGAACCGCAUGACUGCUUGCCAGCUAGCGUCUAUUGGGCCAGUGCCCACUAAUCAACAGGCCGCAGCUCCUGCACAGCCUGUGCCGGAGUACCCCCAAAGGAAGAUUUAUGUCAGCAAUGUUGGAGCGGAAUUGGACCCAAAGAAGCUGACUGAGUUCUUCUCCAAGUAUGGUGAGAUUGAGGAUGGGCCUCUGGGGCUUGACAAGGUGACCGGGAAGCCAAAAGGUUUCUGCUUGUUUGUCUAUAAGAAUAUAGAGAGUGCAAAGAAAGCCCUGGAGGAGCCCCACAAGAACUUUGAGGGGCAUAUCUUGCAUUGUCAGAAGGCCAUCGAUGGGCCAAAACCUGGGAAGUCUCAGCACAAUCAGCAACGUCAGAAUGCACAAACUUCACAGUUUCAGAGAGCUGAUAGUUCAGGAUACGGUGCUGGGGCUGUGGGGCAGUUUGGCACGCCCCCAAUUGGGAUUGGUCAGGGCGCCACAGCAGCGGCACCAGCUCUGAGCCCAGCACUAGGGCAGGCAAUUACAGCUCUGCUGGCAACUCAGGGGGCAGGGUUGGGCAUUGGUAAUUUGCUGGGUUCCCUCGGAACAGCCACAGCAGUGAACCCAGCCGUGCCAGGUGCAGGACAUGGACUGCAGGCAGCAUAUGGGAGCCAGGUUAGCCCAGGAGUGGUUGGAGCCUAUGGAGCUCAACCUGCAUAUCCAACCCAGCAGCAGAUUGGGCAAGCUGCUCCUCUGAGAGGGCAGCAUUCUGGACAAUAUCCAAGCACUGGGCCGUACAUGGGUCAUUAGGUCCUGUCCAAGAAGAUCUGAACGUAGGUGGAUCAGUUUAGUACUGCAUUGGUGGUUGUUCUGAAGUUUCAAGAGGUCAUGCAAAUGCAGUAUUUGUGAUUGCUACAAAGAACCAGAACCUUUAAAUCAUCAAAAGGAGCUAAUGUUUUUGCUACUUGCUUUUGCCCUAGUACUUUCUGUUGGCUACUUCUAAAAAUACUUGAAGUUUUAAGUGUUGUUUGCUUUUAAUUUAUGAACAUUAUAUUUAGAGUAUUCUCAUUAUAAAAUCAUCUGUAGUCUGUGCUAUCCAUCAGCUGAACAAAGAUGGUCUUCCAAAUCCAAUUUCUACUGCUAUUGAGAUUCCCUCUGUAAGCUCCUGAACAAAAGAGCUUCUCAGUGUUGUGGUGUUUGGACUCUUUUCAACUUAUUGAUUCAAUGGAUACAAAUCUAUACUGCAAUUGCAAGUA